AUAUGUAAUAAGAUUCCAUUAAAACAAUACAAUGUAUGUAUUAAAUGCCUUGCAUUUUUACGUGAUUUCUGUGUUUUGUGGUUCUUUUCGCGUGAAUGGAGAUGCAGGAAACAUGUGGGGAUAUCAAGAUGGUAUACCUCCCGCUGAAUGGCCAAGAGAAUAUAGAACAUGUGGUGGUCGGCGGCAAUCACCGAUCAACAUACAAACAAGUCAAAUAGUUGUGGAUGAACGAUUAGGCAGGUUUGACCUCAGUGAUCUGAAUAUGAUCAACAACAUUCGGUUGACAUUGAAAAAUAAUGGACACACAGUUGAAGUUGACGUAGAAGGACGUAACAACUUAGCAGUAAUUGGUGGAGGACUUCCUGAGCCCUAUCUUGUAAAACAGUUUCACUUCCAUUGGGGCUCACAGGACAGCAGAGGAUCAGAACAUGAUAUAAAUGGACGAUUUUUUCCUAUGGAGAUGCAUGUUGUGACCUACUCACAGAGAUACAGAAUGUUUGAAGAAGCUAAAAAUGCCACUGGAGGCCUCGCUGUGUUGUCGUUUCUUUUUGAUGUUGGAGAUGAUAAUCCUGCCUUUGACGAAAUCAUUUCUCAUAUGAACGAAGUUCAACACAAAGACGAUCAUGUAAACAUUGAAGCAUUUGCUUUAAGGUCCCUGUUUCCACGAUCCACUGAUGUAUUUUAUAGAUAUUAUGGUGGACUGACAACGCCGCCAUGUUAUGAGAGUGUAAUCUGGACAAUAUUUCAAGAGCAUAUACGAAUUUCUGAAAGACAGAUAAACCAAUUCAGACAUCUAGGCGAUCGUCAUUUUGUGCGUUUCCGAGGACUGUCGGACAAUUAUCGACCAACGCAGCCUUUAAAUGGAAGAUAUGUUUAUACCAAUACUCCAAUGGGUUAUCAAUAUCGCAGGGAAGGUACAUUCGGAAGACAACCUCUGCGACCAAUGUCUGCUCCAAACAGACAGUUUGUUUUUAGUAAACUUAUCAUGUCGCAGCAAAGGAUGAGCCAGGAAACAGUAACAGGCCAAACAUCUUGUUAUAAAAACAACAGCGUUUGCUCUGUGUGUGAAGAAUAUAGCACAUUGAAAAACGCACUAGGUAACACGUGGGGAUAUCAAGAUGGAAUACCUCCUGCUGAAUGGCCAAGAGAAUAUAGAACAUGUGGUGGUCGUCGUCAAUCACCGAUCGACAUACAAACCAGCCGAGUACGUCUGAAUAAACGAUUGGGCAGAUUUAAUCUGAGAGAUCUGAAAAAUAUCAACAAUAUUCGACUGACCCUUAAAAAUAAUGGACAUACAGUUGAAGUUGACGUUGAAGGACGAAACAACCGGCUGGUAGUAAGAGGAGGCGGACUUCCAGAUCCUUAUACUGUUAAACAGCUUCACUUCCAUUGGGGAUCACAAGACAGCCGCGGAUCAGAACACGACAUAAAUGGGAGAUUCUUCCCUAUGGAGAUGCAUGUUGUGACCUACUCAGAGAGGUACAGAAUGUUUGAAGAAGCUAAAAAUGCCACAGGAGGACUUGCUGUGCUGUCGUUUCUAUUUGACAUUGGUCCUCAUAAUCCUGCCUUUGACGAACUGAUUGGUCAUAUGAGCGAUAUACGACACAAAGACGACCAUGUGGAUAUUCAAACGUUUUCUUUAAGAUCCCUGUUUCCACGUUCCAUUAAAGUAUUUUAUAGAUAUUAUGGUGGAUUGACAACACCUCCAUGUUUUGAAAGUGUAAUCUGGACAAUAUUUAAGGAGCAUAUUCGAAUUUCUGAAAGACAGAUAAACCAAUUCCGACGUCUAGGCGAUCGUCAUUUCCGCCGUUUCCGACCACUGUCAGAUAACUUUCGACCAACACAGCCUUUAAAUGGAAGAUCUGUCUAUACCAAUGAUCGACGAGGUUUUCGUUACCAAAGAGAAGGUACUUUUGGAAGACAACCUCAUCAACCAGUACCUGCUCCAAACAGACCGUCUGUUAAUAGGCCACAGGCAGACACAUGUCUUAUUUCAAUAGGGGUUCUAUCUUACAAAAAGUAG